AUGAAAAGAGGUGUCUCCCCUAAAGCCGUGGACUCGCCGUAUCUUUGGUUCCCCACAAACCCCGCAAAAAGACCCCUCCGCAAGUGCUCCGCCCACCAUCUCUCCUUUCUCAUGGCGGCACACGAGGCCUCUGCCGGCGGCGGCGAGGGCGCGCGCUGCACUCCUCCGCGCCCCGCGCUCUCGCUACCCCCGCGCUCCGCCGUCGAAUCCUUCUUCGGCUCUGGCGCCACCGCCGCGUCCUUUGCCGAGACCAGCCCCGGCCCGGUCACCCUCGCCGCCGCGCUCUUCCCGGACAUGCCCUCCUCGGCCUUCCACGGCUCCUUCACCCAGCUCCUUGUCGGCGCCAUGGGCUCCCCAGCCGCACCCCCUUUCCCUCCCUCACCGUUCGCCGUGCCACCGGGGCUCAGCCCCACCGCUCUCGUCGGCCCCCCUUCGCUCUUCUCCCCUAUGGGGAAUUUUGAAAUGUCCCAUCAGCAAGCGUUAGCCCAAGUAACAGCACAAGCAGUCCAUUCUCAGUAUACUGUUGGCAGUCAAGCAGAUUACUCACUCCCUUUCUCAUCGGCAACAUCAGCUUUGACAUCACAGUUCAUCAAAUCUUCUGCAAAUGUGACAUCAAUGAAGGAGACAGCAACUCUGCCACUGCAUACAGUUAAUGAUAACCUUAAGUCAAAUGAGGUUUCACAAGGAUUCCAAACUUUGGCCCUCACCGUGGAUAAACCUGCUGAUGAUGGGUACAAUUGGCGAAAGUAUGGCCAGAAGGCAGUUAAGGGUGGAGAGUAUCCAAGGAGCUACUAUAAAUGCACCCAGGCGAGCUGUCCAGUUAAGAAGAAAGUGGAGCACUCAGCAUAUGGACAGAUUACUCAAAUAAUUUAUAGAGGCCAGCAUAACCACCAGCGUCCACCAAAAAGGAGGUCCAAAGAUGGUGGCAAUUUACUAAAUGAAGAUGAUUUCCCUGAGAACAGAGACGCGUUGACUCGAUCAGAACCAGGCUCUCAAGAUCAUUCUGGAAAAGUUGAGGUAUCAAAUGAUGGCAUCACAGGGCUUUCAAUGUCUAAGAGGAGAGACGGAGGUGAUCAAUCGUCUGGCUCAAGUGAUAGAGAGGAGGACAAUGAUGAAGCAGGUGAUGACAAUGGAGAUGCUGGUAUUGUGAAUGCAAACAAAAGGCAUGUGCCGGUGCCAGCUCAAAGAAUCAUCGUGCAAACAACCAGUGAAAUUGAUCUUUUGGAUGAUGGCUACCGGUGGCGCAAGUACGGGCAGAAAGUGGUAAAAGGGAAUCCUCAUCCAAGGAGUUACUACAAAUGCACGUACCAGGGUUGCGGUGUAAAGAAGCAUAUCGAAAGAUGUUCGCAAGACCCAACGGCGGUGAUAACUACAUAUGAAGGCAAGCAUAGCCAUGAUGUGCCAGCAGCUAGGAGCAGCGUGGCUGCUGCUGCCAGUGCCAAUGCAUCCUCUUCCAUUAGCUUACUACAUAGAGGGCAGAAGGCAGCAUCCAGUAGCCAACGGGUGUUGCCCAGAGCAGCAGUACAUACAUCAGAUUCUUCCUUGCAGCUAAAAGAAGAAAAUGAGAUAACAUAA